CCAAAAUCCAUAAUAAUCCUCUCAAUAAUCGAUAUGAUUAAAAUAUGUGGUACUAAUUAAUAUAUGAGGUUCAAUUUCAAGUUCAUUGCGAAGAUAUUUCAUUAAUAAUUUUCUAGGGCGUUUCCUGAAAAAUUGCCGCUCCGUUCUGAGUCUCAACUGCCAACCAGAAUUGCUGAUGAUCUGAUUCUUAAACCCCUUCAUACGGCGUCGUAUUGCGUUUGGGUUUGAUGACCUUUCUAAUCAACGCUAUUUAAUGGUACUGAAUCUGAGUGACAAAUCUGAAUAGGGAUCGUCCGAGGAAUCAGCACUGUCUCUUCCUUUGCAGAGAAAAUUUCUUUGUGAUUGUUAAUUUUGUCGGUGAAGAUGAUGAUCAGUUAUCCAGGCCUUUCAAAGCUGAAAACUAAGCCGGUGGUAUAUGAAGAUGUGAUUGCGGCUAGCGAUUCUGGCACACUAGAACAACUUAAAGAGUUGAGCUCCAAGCGUAAGCAAUCGAGGACACCAUCAAUGCUAGCACCUUCAUUACAGAGGCCAUUGCUAGGGAAAUGUCGGGAGGCCUGACAUCUCGUUGUGAACAGGACAUUCAAAAGCUGGAAAAGUAUUUACCUCUGUUGGAUAACCUCAUUCAUCACAUCAUUGUUAAUGCCAAAAGCCGUAAAGUUAUGUACUGGAUUACUGAGUUUAAGCUGAGAUGGAGUAGUGUGCUUUCCACACCGUCUCUUUUUCACUUUCAGGGUCCAAAGUUAUAUCAGGUUAAUGAUAUUUAUUUUGAGCUUGGGAUGUCCCUUUUCCUUUAUGGAUCGUUGCUUCGUGAGCAUGCUCUUGAAGUUCUAUCAUCAGAUCUAGUCCAAUCUACCACUCGCUUCAGGAAAGCCGCUGGAGUAUAUAGCUAUGCAGCUCACGAACUUCAUACAAAUUUAUCUUGGACCCAAGAAAGGCCACCGGAAGCUUUAUCUAGUGUGUUGUCUGUUAUGAGUCUUGUUUGCUUAGCAGAUGCCCAGGCUGUCUCUGCUAGGAAGGCUCAAGAAAAUGGAAAUACGGGGGGUUUAUUGGCAAAAUUACACUGCGGUGUGGCAGACUUUUUAGUUGAAGCUAUUAAUAUCUGGCAAGGUGCAGCCAAAGAAUGCAAGGAUAUUUCACCACGAUUUCUGGAUUUUUUGUUAUGUUGCAAAACAGUGCACGAGUUGACGAGUUACAAAUACCACGUGCAAGGUCUAAGAACCGAUGGUAACAUUGGCAUAGGAAUUGGAAUUCUUCGUUGGGCUUUAGCAAAAGCAAAGAAAAUAAUUCCAAAAGAAGAGUCAUGGAGAUUAGUAUAUCAUCAAGUGAUUGAUGAGUUGGAUGGGUUGCUCCAGAAAUAUGAGCAUGAGAAUGGUUUUGUUUGGCACGAAAAAAUUCCUUAUGUAGAUGAUGAGCUGCCUCUGCCUCAGGCUGUUAGAAUUGUUAGUCCAGUUCCUUAUCAUCCCCAAAAAUGGGAAAGAGCGCUUAUGUUUAAGUUGUAGGAGCAUGCAAAUCUGUCAAACAGUUAGCAUGUGGUCUCCUAGUAGUAAGGUGAUUUUUGGACUCAUUUAUUUGGUUUGGUAAUGUAACUUUGUCAAUAGAUUCUUGCUUUCUUGCAUAGAAUAGGGAUAUUUUUGGAACAGAUCAAGUAGUUGUAAAUUAGUACUAUUGCUGUAACUGAAAGAGAAUAAAUUCAGAUGGACUAUUAUUGGGCAAGAAGCUUUAUUCGAAUGAUUAUGGAA